AUGUCGAUUUGCGAAUGUAUUGAACCGCCAUCUAGUCGCAAUAUGGAAAGGAUCAUUCCAUCAGCAAGCAUUGUUCAUUCCACAGAAAACGUUCCAGCUUCCGACUUUAAUAUAUCCAAAAACACUGAAAAAGACGGUAAAGGGCGUUUUGCUAAUAGAAGACUUUCUUUUGAUGUCAGAAUAUUUGCUGGUGUCCACAUGAUGCCCCCAGAUGAUGGUCAAAACAACAAAUUUGUAAUCGAUAAAACUACUACGUCCAAAUCGAAUAUUCAAUUUAAGAUCAGUCGCUCUCAAAGGAGUGGAACUGUUGUUCAAUUUCGACCAGAAAAUAACGAGCCCGAAGUACCGACCGUACAUUCUAAUGGCGAUUUCAUCAAAAUCUUGAAUGAACCAAAGAGUGACUUUGUCCCGAUUCAAAAAACCAAGCUUCCCAGCAAGUUUACAGUGGAUAUCUCAACAAAUACACCACAAACAAAUCAUCCUUAUGAAGUCAAUGAUCUCAUUCAAUUUUAA